GGCGGGGAAGAACUUACAUUUUUUUCAUGGGCAUAAGCCACAUGCUUAGCUCUGCUGUUCAUGCCACAAACGCAUGUUUCUUACAAAUAUGGCACCAUUUAAAUGGGACAUAGACGAGUUAUCCUACCAUGUGACCCCUCAGUGGAUGACAAACUCUUCAACAUUUGCAUGCUGUCUGCAUCUCUAGUCGUUAUGCUAAUCCUGGCCGUGGUCGCCAGGAAAAACAAAUUCUGCCAGGGAUUCACCCGAGGAUCCUCCAGUAUCUUCAGUCCAGCCAACUUCCUGGACCAGACACAGCACAAAGGCAUAGCCAUGGCUGUCUUUGCACUGGUGUUCAGUAAGCUGUCCAUGUUGGUGAUCGCUCCAGACCCUCUGCCGUUCUCCAAAGACACAUCAGCAGAUGCUAAAGAGUACAUGAAAAUAUUGGCCAUCUUCUACUACCCUCUGCUCUAUUAUCCUCUGCUGGUCUGUGCCACUCUGCAGCAUAAAGUGGGCUAUGUGCUCGGGGUUCUGCUCUCCUUCAGUCACUUCGGGGUCCUCGUGUGGCAGAAGUUCGAUUGUCCCAAGACUCCAGAGAUCUAUAAGUACUACGCUCUACUUGCCAGUUUACCUCAGAUGUGCUGCUUCGGAUAUCUCUGCAUCCAGUUUCUGAUUCUGUUUGUCAAAGGACCGAAGACUGACGAGGAUCUGGACAGCAGCUACUACACUGAAUAUGUCAAACUAAUCCUCAAGAAAAAACCUUCACCUGUCAGCUCUCCAUCAGCAGACAAAAAAACUCUGUUUGAGAGAAUACUGGAGGUGCCAAAGAGUUACAUUUAUGUUCCUGAAAAAGUGUUUUGUUUUCCUCUAAAGCUGGCUGUGUCCACGUGUGUCUCCUUUGUGGCCAUUUAUCACACAUCGUUGUUGUUGAUCGUCCUGGUCGUCCCUAUCCUCCACAUCGUUCGAGCGGGCAUCGAUGAAAACAUCGCCUUCCUGUUGCUCGGGUUUGGGAUCGUCCUAUCAGACGACAGGAUGGAAGUCGUCCAAAUUGUGAUCUUUUACACCUGGCUGCUGGAAGUGUGCUACGUAUGCGCUGUGACGCUGUCUCUCCUGGUCAGUCUCGUCAUGCUCAUGAAGUCCAUGAUAAUGCACAGGACAAACCUGAAAGGACUAUAUAGAGGAGAAAUCUACAGUAUUUAUAACAGCAAGAAGACCAUCCGUCCAUCGAGGCCUGGGAUUGUCUGUUGGAUGGGUUUGACUGGAUACCAGACUGCCAUCAUCUGCGUCGGAAUGGGCAUCCAGACUGUUGUUUUUUUCAUCUGCUUCUUGUUCCUGAUCUUCAUGAUUAUUGUUCCUGUUUUUCAUGGACGUAACUUGUUUGUCUUUGAAAUCCUGGGAAGAGCAUGGCCAGUCUGGGUCACUCUGCUGCUCGCCUCCGCUCUCCAACACGUGACGGCGAAGUUUGCGUUCAUCAAAAGAGAAGCUGGAACGAGAGACUUAAACAACAGGGAGAGUCUGUUCCUCCUGACCUACCUGUUCUUCCUCAUCAACACUGUGCUGGGUCUGAUCGUCGCCAUAUGGAGGGUGGUGAUAACCGCUUUGUACAACAUCAUCCAUCUUGGACGUCUCGACCUCAGUCUGCUGCACCGUACCUCAGAGGCCUAUGACCCAGCCUACAGUUACUACACCAACGCCCUGCGGGUAGAGAUCAGUCAGUCCCACCCAGUGAUGAAGGCUUUCUGCGGGCUGCUGCUGGACAUGAUGGUGGAGGGCGGACGAGUCGGACAGAAAACGAAAGAUGCAGAAGAAGGGAUUCAGGAGAACGGGUCUAACAAGGCGGCCAGCACUCGAAGGAUUCGCUGUCGCUGGCAGCUGAUGUACACUCUGGUCCACAACCCAUCCCUGCUGGGCUUCAGGAAGCACUUCCAGACAUCUCAGACGGCAGAGAGCAUCCUGAAUGGGACCCCCAACCACUCUGCCAAGAGCGGCAGCAAGAAGGAGGCAGGCAAGCCUGAAGCAGAGCCGGACCAGUCCUCUGAGGCCCCAACGAACCAGGACAAAACUGACUGAGAUCUCUAAUGUUCAGAGUUUUUGGCAGUAUGCCCCAAACAAGAUAAUAUAACAUCUAAUUGAGCUCUCUCCUCUCUUUGCACAAGGCAACUCCUGUUUGUUUCUCAUGUGGUUGCCAUGGCACAAAACUUAUUAUCAGGGUAGUUUUGCAAAUUGCCGCCAAACUCCUGCAGAAAUUUUACAUUGCAAAUGCAUUUAUACAAUUUAGACUUUGUGCAGGAGUUUGCAUGCAUUUGCCUGAGUUUUUUUGAUUCCUUCCACUCCAACACACCUCAUCUUGUCAAACAGACCUUUUUUAAAGCUUCAGUACUCUUUGAGACUAUAUCUCUAAUUCAGUUCUCAUUCAUCCAGGCCACAUAUAUACAUAUCUUGGUUUAAACCUUGAGCAUAUAGACAUUUAAAUCAAACAGAGAACGUGACCUUUUAAACUGUAGUAUUAAUAAUAUCAAAAUAUAAGCAUUCUGAGAAGUGUAGUUGCAUUUAAGGUUCAGUUUUUGUGCAUUUCAUGGCUUAAAUUAUGUCUUGUUUGGUGUAUUCUGUCAGUCAUAUUUACAACUCUAUUUUUUUAAAGUAAAGUCCAGGAUAAUGCCACUAGAACACUCUUAAAAUUGCCCUUCCUUCCAAAGAGUCUUUAAAGCAGGUUGCUUAAAACCCAACAGCAGAUUUGUCACUGCAACAGUACAGUCUCUGAGUUUGAAAUGUGCUUCAAUAGUUCCUCAAAGAUGGCUGCUACAGCCUCUUGAAAUGAAAUAGCAAAUGCUUAAAAAUACAAGAGACCAGCAACAUUAAAGGACAACACACCAGGAAGCUAAAAGAAAAAUCCUAUAUUCACUGUUAAAGUAUUCAAUCUGAAAUGUAAAAAUUAUUUUAAAGAACCAAAAGGGGCUGAAAAAAAGAGAAAAGAUGGAUAAAGCCAACACAGCAGUGGGUCAAAGACCCCUACUCCCCCAUAGGAAGGCCUAAUAAAACUAACUAAAGAAAAGUUUUUUUUUUUUUUUUUUUUUUUGACAAGGA